CGAAAAGUGUGAGUAAGAAAAACGCAGAGUGUGCGUGCGUGAGCCAAUGGCAUCACCGCUGCAAGGAUACCCGUUCUAGGUCGAGGCUGUGGGCUCGGUCUGCCGAUCUUGUGCGUCGGUCAUAAUAUACGCUGCUUUCCACAGCUCGCGAGCAUAAGCACGUAAAGACAACGUAGAGCAAACACAGUCGCGUUUGAUUUUCAAUUGCAAAAAAUCGGAGCGGUACUUCGCGAUGGAGUUUUGUUUGCUGGUUUUAUCGCUUUUAAUAGGAGUGCCCGCAAUAUUCUUGACCUGGAUUGUAGUCCAGAUCGCUUACGUGCACAUCUUCUCUCGCUUCAUCAAAAGGCCAAAAGAUUUUGUGAAGGCUUAUGGACCAUGGGCAGUGGUCACUGGCAGCUCUGAUGGAAUUGGUAAAUGCUACGCUUUUGAACUGGCUAAACGUGGAAUGAAUAUUGUUCUUAUUAGCAAUGAAGACGAAAAGCUGCAUGCUGUUGCAGAGCAGCUGAAUAAAAAUCAUGGCAUCGAGACAAAAGUAAUAAUUGCCGAUUUCACCCAGACAGAAGAUGAGCAUCAGAAAAUAUUCUCAGUUUUAAGAAAGCUUGAUAUAGGAAUACUUGUAAACAACGUUGGCACAGCUGCAGGCCUCCCAAAGAGUUUUACGGAAAUGUCGCGAGAGCAGAUUUGGUCCAUAAUGAUGGUCAACAUGUGUGCAGCUACCUCAAUGAGCCACUUAGUGAUGCCCAAGAUGAAGUCAAGGGGUCGAGGGAUGAUCGUCAACAUCGCGUCGAUUACCGCGAUCGCCCCGGCACCUCUCGGUGCUCUCUAUGCAGCAAGCAAGGCGUACAUCAGGAGCUUUUCUGAAGCACUGGAAUUUGAAUGCAGAGGCACUGGCGUGCAUGUUCAGACAGUGUGUCCAUCUUUUGUAAAGACCAAUAUCAUGGGUAACAAAGCUUUUGAUGUUCCCGCUUCUGCAAUUUAUCCGCUGCCAGAGACAUUUGUGAAGAAUGCAGUUGCAACAAUUGGAAACUGCAAAUCUACUUCGGGUUGCCUCUCACAUGACAUCCUGAUGACAGCAUUUCUAUUUUUGCCGCGAAGUGCACUUACCUGGAUUUUUUACUACAUUGCCCUGACCGGUGCAAGGAAAGACCGUAGAGAUUAAAAACUGAUUAGAACAACUGAAAACAUGGAAUAUGUUUAUGUGUCAAU